GUUUCAGUGGCUCAUCGUUUUCUCGCCUACCAUUCUCCCCCUUCUCACACAACCGACACGCCCACCAAUUCUUAAGCUAAUAACAUGGGUGUGUGGCUGUGUUAAUCCAUUUAGAACAGCUACCAACUGCUCCAUAUACUACGGUAACUAUUCAUAUAUUUUCACUUCAUUCGGCUGUGAUAUAACAUACACAGAACUGCUAAUCAUCUUGUAUGGGAUCAACAGCUGCUUCCGCUACGUUUCAUGCGUAUGGGCAACUUAUUCGUACACCCUCUAUACAUCCACUUAUUCGGACUCCCAGCUUACACCCACAUGGAUCAGAGAGGAAGAGCGCACGAGAGGAUGGAGAAAACAUCGGACGAGUGAAAUGGGACGAAUUUCGAAGAGAAGGUGAUGAAGGGCUCGAAGAUGACUCUAUCCCAAAACCUCCUUUGUGGAAGAGGGCGCUAAAGCUCUUAAAAAUCCUCCUACCUCAUGUCGGUUUGAAUGUUUUAUUAUUGUCUUAUAUUGCAAUGGGAGCAAUAAUGUUUAUAUGGUUGGAAGCGGACCACGAGCUGCAAAGUCGGAAGGAGAAACUACAGAGGAUCUACACAAUGUAUGACAAAAUAAUCAACGAAUCAACUGCUAUGUGUUCUGGUACAAAAAUCAACUCUAGUCAGGUCGACCUUCGCUUACGGCCGUUGUUACGUAUAUUAUCAAGAACACAUGAAUACGACGAUAGGUUUACGGAGAGUGGACAGCUGUGGAACGAUAUCGAAGAAGACAUGACAACGCGAUGGUCGUUCGCCGCAGCUGUCCUUUAUGCAUUGACUGUUAUCACAUCUACGGGUUAUGACCAUGUUACACCUACUACGGACCCUGGCCGCAUUUUUACAGUGUUUUUUGGACUCAUUGGAAUUCCUCUCAUGUUUAUAACUGCUGCAGAUAUAGGCAAAUUUUUGUCAGAAAUUGUAAUUAGGUCAUAUGCGAAGCUGUUGCAAUUUUGGCAUUUUGUUGCCUCAAUUAUUGAGCUGAUGCGUACAAAUAUGUUCAAUGGUGAUGUUGAUUCGAUAGAUUCUUUACAAUUAAAGAAAAAACGUCGAGAAUCCGACGAGGAAACCUCCGAGGACGAUGAAGAUCGUUUGCAGUUACCCAUAGCAUCAUAUUUUGCUCUCAUAAUAGGAUAUUGUUGUAUCGGCAGCCUGCUUUUCAACUCAUUUGAGAAAGGACCGAUAUGGUCUUUCAUUCAUGGUCUAUUCUUCUCCUUCAAUACUAUCACUACCAUUGGACUUGGCAAUAUCUACGUCAAGAGCCACUUCUACCUAGCUUUUGUUGUGGUAUAUGUGAUUAUUGGUCUCGCAGUUAUCACUGCAUCAUUGGAUCUCUGUUCUUCAACGCUCAAGCGGACCUUCACUAAACUGCACUACUUCGGCAGGAAAAUACGAGGUGCUAGAAGAGGAUUUGCCAACAUGAGCGACGAUAUCCGAGAGGCAAUGAGGAUAAUCGCCGCUUUGAAAAAGACAAGGCCGAGCAAAGACCGGAUCACGUUGGAAGAUCUGAAACGAUUUCUUGAAGUACAAGAACAUCUGUUACGACAGCCCUACGUUCCUUGUAAUGUUCAUAUGAUGCGGUGGAUUGAGGACAACGUAGGAGCUCAAAUGUACGCUCAAUAUCUGGACGACAUAUCAGUCAACGGCAAAGGGGCGCUAAGCCCCGUACCACUAUCACACAAGAUGUCGUCAAGCGACCCUAUGCUUUUCUUCUGAAAUUCAGGUGAAGUGGCGGCGCCGGUGGUAGGCAUGUUGCUUAUCAGCGAUAUUCUUGUCAUUGUUUGUAUAUCAAUGUGUUCAAUAAUUUCCCACUUCUGCUCAAUGUGAUCUGUUGCCUAGUCAUGAUUAUAUCAGCUACCAUACAUGCCUGUGUAACAAUAUUUUGAUUGGAAGAGUAUAUUUGUUUGCAUGUGGUAGUUCCAGCAGCUGCAAAUCCUCUUUGGUUGUACGUUGUCUUUACUGAAGAGCGGAAUUAUCGCCGAAAUGAAAGGAAUAAUUCGGCUCGCUAAUCCAGAU